AUCUCUGCAUGUAGUAUAAUACAAAAUCAACAUUACCAUCAGUACCUUUACAAUUCGCUGUUCUUGAGCCUAAGGUUCAAGUAAAAGCUGAAAAUAUUUGGAGUUCAAGAUAAUUGAAUCUGCAAAAAAGGUUCAACAGUUGGACAAAGGGUGGAAUUCGUUAAAAAUGAGGGGAGCUGUACUGGUAGCAAUUGCUGCCGUAGUUGGGAACUUUGUACAGGGAUGGGAUAAUGCAACAAUAGCAGGUUCUGUUCUUUACAUCAAAAGGGAAUUUAAUCUUCAAACUCAGCCAACGGUGGAGGGGCUAAUUGUUGCUAUGUCACUUAUUGGAGCCACAGUUAUAACAACAUUCUCUGGGUCUGUGGCAGAUUGGCUAGGACGGCGUCCAAUGCUAGUAAUUUCAUCUGUCCUGUAUUUCCUUGGCGGGUUGGUGAUGUUGUGGGCUCCAAAUGUAUAUGUCCUGCUUUUAGGAAGGCUAUUGGAUGGAUUUGGAGUUGGCCUCGCAGUUACACUUGUUCCUCUUUAUAUUUCUGAGACAGCCCCAACAGAAAUAAGAGGGCUAUUGAACACUCUUCCACAGUUUGCUGGUUCUGCAGGAAUGUUUUUGUCAUACUGCAUGGUCUUUGGAAUGUCAUUGCAAGAUUCUCCCAGUUGGAGGCUAAUGCUUGGGAUUCUUUCAAUCCCUUCUCUAGCAUAUUUUGCAUUGGCUGUUUUUUUCUUGCCUGAAUCUCCAAGGUGGCUUGUCAGUAAAGGGCAGAUGCAGGAGGCGAAAAAAGUGUUACAGAGACUACGUGGCAGGGAGGACGUGACAGGUGAAAUGGCUUUAUUGGUUGAAGGCCUGGGAGUUGGAGGUGAAACAUCCAUUGAGGAAUAUAUAAUUGGUCCUGACAAUGAACUUAACGACAACCAGGACCAUGAAGUUGAGAAGGACCAAAUCAAGUUGUAUGGAGCUCAAGAGGGUCUUUCCUGGAUUGCAAAACCUGUCAGGGGACAGAGUACUCUUGGUCUUUCCCGUCAUGGGAGUUUGGCAAAUCAGAAUGUGCCUCUUAUGGAUCCCAUGGUCACUCUAUUUGGCAGUGUUCAUGAAAAGCUGCCAGAAACAGGCAGUAUGCGAAGCAUGCUGUUUUCCAACUUUGGCAGCAUGUUAAGUGUGGCAGAGCAUCCGGGUAAAAAUGAAAAUUGGGAUGAGGAGGCACAAGACUAUGGUGAACAUCAUAUAUCUGAUGCUUCUGGUGCUGAAUCUGAUGACAACUUAAGGAGUCCAUUGCUCUCAAGACAGGGUACAAAUACAGACAAGGAUGCAGUCUCACGUGGAGCCAAUGCGAGCUUCAUGCACGGACAUGCUGGUGAAGAAGUUGGUAGCAUGGGUAUUGGUGGUGGUUGGCAGCUUGCAUAUAGGAAAGAUGAGAAAGCUGGAGGAGGACUCAAGAGAAUCUAUUUACGUGAGGAGGGUGUCCCUGGAUCACAACGUGGGUCCAUUUUAUCAUUACCAGGUGCAGAUGUUCCUGUAGAUGGUGAAUGUAUACAUGCUGCUGCUCUUGUGAGCCAAUCUGUUCUCCGCUUAGAGGAUGUCAGCGGUCAAAGCUCCAUCAUAGAAGCAGUGGAUAAACCAUCUGAGUCUGCUGUUAAGGGGCCUAGUUGGAGGGAUCUUCUUGAACCAGGAGUCAAACACGCACUCAUUGUCGGAAUACUAAUUCAAAUACUUCAGCAGUUUUCAGGCAUAAAUGGGGUACUCUACUAUACUCCACAAAUUCUUGAACAAGCGGGUGUAGGAGUUCUUCUAUCAAACAUGGGCAUUGGUUCAGAUUCUUCAUCUUUCCUUAUAAGUGGUGUUACAACCUUGUUGAUGCUUCCAAGCAUAGGCGUUGCUAUGAAGUUGAUGGAUGUUGCAGGCAGGAGGUUGCUUCUGCUGAGUACAUUGCCCUUCUUGUUAUUGUCUCUGGUCAUUCUAGUCCUAGGCAAUGUUAUUAACUUGGGAAAUACUGCCCAUGCUGUUGUCUCCACGAUCAGUGUUGUGGUUUAUUUCUGCUGCUUUGUCAUGGGCUUUGGUCCAGUUCCAAACAUCCUCUGUGCAGAGAUCUUUCCUACCCGAACCCGUGGCCUUUGCAUAGCUAUAUGUGCUCUUGUAUUUUGGAUUUGCGACAUUAUUGUCACCUACAGUCUACCUGUAAUGCUCUCCUCCAUCGGCCUUGCUGGUGUUUUUGGCAUCUAUGCUGUUGUCUGUGCCAUAUCAUGGGUUUUCGUCUUCUUAAAGGUUCCUGAAACAAAGGGCAUGCCCCUUGAAGUCAUUACUGAGUUUUUUGCUGUUGGUGCAAAGCAAGUUGCAGCAAAAGAACAAUAGGAUGGAUACCAAGGGCUUUGAAGGUUCAUGUGGUUAUCAUUUUUUGGAAUAUAAGGUGCUUAGAAUGUGAGCUAAGAGUUAUGACAUUGUUGGAUAGUUCUCCAGGCCAGUACCUGAGAAUGUUGGUGACAGUCUGCAGGAGAAAAGAGAUGAUCACAGGCAAGAUUGAGAUCCAGAUAUGACAAAUUUCUUUAGCCGUUGCCUCGUUCAUUUGCAUAUUCUUAGGUAUACCCGCUACUUUUUCGAGUUAAAUUCAGAAUGCCGAGAUAUCCUACAUUGAUAGGAGUUAAUAGACAUUUCACACCCCCUUUAUUUGUUCGUUUUGGUUUUCUAAACUAGUUGGGAAAUAUUCACAAAAAGCUUGAGGCCAAUGAUUAGAGCGCACUGUUGCACUU